AUGCCUUCCUUUGAAGAAGCAGUGCUGGCCGCCGAAGCUGCCAAUACCAUCUCGGCAUUUGUUGCCCAAGAACAAAUUCGGACACUUUCGGAUCUCAAGCACGCCCUCUUUCAGCCAUCCGCGACUAAACACAAUCAGAAUGCUACAGGUACUUCACAUUCUGCAAGCGUCAUAGUUCUGUGCGCAUCCGCAGUACUAUCUACUGCAGAGACUGUCAUGUCUGCGGUGGCGGAACUAACCAAAACGACUGUUCUUGUUCUUUGCGGUGGGAUUGGUCAUUCAACCCAGCUGAUGCACGACGCUGUCCUCCGUCACCCGCAAUACAACACUCUUGCCGAACAAGUACGGGGACAGCCAGAAGGCCGCAUCUUGCAAGCAAUCGGGGAGAAGUUUUUCGACCUACAAAUUAGCAGCAACGGCUCGGGGUCAGGAGAUACACAGCGGCAAGGCCUGACCGUUCUUGUAGAAGACGCUUCAACGAAUUGCGCCCUCAAUGCCCAGAAAACGAGAGAGCUUUUAGAUGCUCACGGGUUCAGGUCGCCAAGAUCGAUAGUAGUUGCUCAGGACCCUACUAUGUGUAGGCGCACAGUAGCUGCAUUCGAGCAGGUAUACGCCGACGUGGUCGAAGGGCCUCCAAUAUUCAGCAGCUGGCCAACACUCGUACCGAAAGUGAUUGCCAAAGAAGCUUCAGUAGGAGACACCAACAGCCUCUUGCCGUAUUUGGAUUUUGCCGACUUGGGUAUGGGGGACGGCUGGAAGGCGGGCCUCUGGAGUAUGGAUCGAUUCAUGUCUCUACUUGUCGGCGAAAUCCCACGAAUGCGUGACGACGAGAAUGGAUACGGACCAAAUGGUAAAGGUUCCAUCGUCCAUGUGGACAUACCUCAAGAUGUCGAGGAUGCUUGGAAGACACUCUGUGAGCUUCUUGGGUACAGUGGACGAUAA